AUGUGUGUUGUACUUGCCACCAGGCUGGGGCGAGCGGAGCUGCCCGGCCUCCAUCCUUCCUCCAGCCACUCCCAUUGUACAAGGAAGGGGCAGGAGGAAGGAGAGGAGUGUUUUGCAGAGGUGUGGACGGACGGACGGACAGACAGACCACCUUGCACGCGCGUGACCUCCGUGCCUCCCACCCGCUCCGGCUCCGUCCCGGCGGAGACGACGCAGACGGCGCUUAACGGUUGUCGCCGGCAGUUCCUGGAGCAGAAGUACGGGUACUACCACUGCAAGGACUGCAACAUCCGCUGGGAGAGUGCCUACGUCUGGUGCGUCCAGGGCACCAACAAGGUCUAUUUUCGGCAGUUCUGCCGGACCUGCCAGAAGUCCUACAACCCGUACCGCGUGGAGGACAUCACCUGCCAGAGCUGCAAGCAGACGAGGUGCACCUGCCCCGUGAAGAUGCGCCACGUGGAUCCCAAGAGGCCCCACCGGCAGGACCUCUGUGGGAGGUGCAAAGGGAAACGCCUCUCCUGCGAUAGCACCUUCAGUUUCAAAUACAUCAUCUGAGUGGGUUGGGAUUUUGGGGGUUUUGCUUUCGUUUAGGGCUCUUCUAGAAAGCUGCAAGUCGAGCAGAAUUUUUUUUGUUGUUGUUGUUAGUGUUGGAAGUUACUCAGUGAGGUGUAGCUGGGAAAGCAAGUGAAUAAAAGUACUGCAAAGCACGCUCCCGUGCUCGGGUGGGUUUGUGCCCAGCUCAGAGGGCGCACAUUGCAACCCCUGUAACUUGCAAAGGGGAAGA